AAGCCGACACUCACCGCGAGCUUGAAGGCGCAAGCAAAAGCACCUGUUGUUGGUUCUUCGAAUCUAAUCAAUGACUAGUAUUUAAACUAAAGGCAAGUGACUUUUUUUCCAACAAGUUUGUCUGCUGCUGCAUUUUUCUUCGAUAGUGGUCAACGCAAGGUUGUACUGCCUGGUAACCUUUGGUCACUCAUCAGGCCAGUGGCAGCUGAGCCAUGGAGGAAAAAAUGGACAGUCCAAUAGCUGUGAAGGUGGAGGGGCCUUCUCACAGUGUCAUCCUGACUUACUUCCAGGGGGACAUUAACAGCAUGGUGGAUGCCCACUUCUCACGUGCUCUAAGCAAAGUGUACAAGGCCAAGGAACCAGCUGGAAAAACAAAGAAAAUCCAAAAAACUAUUAAAAUUGAGGAGACAAGCACGCCUCAGGAUGGUGCAGCUGCCUCUUUUUCUGUACCGCAGGUCCCCCCUGUAGCAGAACGGAUUCUGAACCUCAGCUCUGUAGAUGACACUCCUGGAUCAUGGCAGACUUUCAGGACUGGAGAGGCUUCAGGGCUGCCGAGCAUCAUGUGCUCCUUGUCCUCUGGGGAGCUGAGUCUUACUGGACAGCAAUAUGCCACAUCCCUACUCAAUCUACUACAUAGUGAUCGCGCUGACAUGGGGCCAAGUAUGGUUUCCAGUUCCAAGGCAGAACCAAUACCCAGCUGGACAGUGUCUCAGAGGUUCAGAGAGUCUGUGGACCCUCCUAUAAGCUUUGAAGCUGGACGACAUGUGGACAAGAAGGACUUGUACUGGUACUGAGGAGAAACCAGCUAGGGUAGCAUGGACACUGGGCACCUCCAAAUGCCCUGUCUGUCUUUCUGUUCUCUCCAUUAGAAGAUUUCUUUCUCAUCAGAAUGGUCUCUGAGUGUCUUCUUGAAACACAAGUCAAAGCAAGAGCAGUGUUUCCAUUCCCUGCCCCAGUCUCUCCACACCACAGCUAGGUGACCUCAGUGCCUCAGCAUGCAUACAAGUGGAACAACUUCUCUAAAAGGGACAAACCAGUUCUUCAACUCUGUCAUUCCUCUUGUAAAGCUCAGAGCAGUUUUUCGGUUGUUGCUGCCUUUAUGAGGAAGUUGGAAGGGCAACUUUCUUUGUGGAUUUGCAUCUGUCUGUAGAGCAGUGUUAAGUCUGAUCAUUGUGAGCCUCUUGUGCUGUGAAUGUUAAUAUAAUCCACCAACAACUGACCUGGAUGGGUUUUAGUUUCUCUGAGGAUGCAUGUUGUUAAUGACCUGGUAUAGACAAGUGUUCAGUGAUAAUACACAAAUAAAUAUGCAAGCAGACGGAUAAAAAUAUCAAGCAUCAGAAGAGUCUGGAUCCAAAACUGCUGGUUUUUGAGGCUGAAUGCAUAAAUUCUGCAGCAUCCUCCCUGUUUAAAAACAUACUAGCUGAAUAGCUAAGUUGAGUAGAAUAGCGUCUAUGUUUAUAAAUAGUUGUGCUUAUGUAUUACAGUUCAUGUACCAUUAUACACAUAACAUGAUAAACAGUUAAAUAUCAGUUAUAAUCUGUAAGAUAAUUUAGCCACUAAAAGAAAUGACCAUGAAUACUUCUAUAUUUUGUCACUAAUACUUGCAUUUUUUUACUUAAGUAACUUGAAGGUGUGAAUACAUGAUUUUAAACUGUAGCAGUGUAUUUGUGCAUGUAUUGCCUCACUAACUUCACGACUUCUUCAGCUGAGUCAUUUGCUAUUAACUAUUAACUUAUAGAACCCCAAGUAAAUUAAUUACACAUUAGACUUAUAAAUAAAAAUGUGAACUUAACAGUUAUAUAAUCUCAUGGGUUCUAUAGUAAUAGUUACUGCACAUGUGUUCUUCUUUUAAUUAGCAGACCUCUUGAACAACAAAUUAUAAUUAAAAAUGUUUUGUGAUUUCAAAAUGUUGAUCAAUGUCACUGUUUUGUGCAUAUUGUUUUUGCAUUUCUUUCAAUGUAUAUCAAUAUAAUUUCUUAGAUUAAAGUGUUAUUUUUCUCAUCCA